AUGGCCAUGCCGACAGUUAAAAAGGCCAAGAAGACCGCAGCGGUGCCAGUGAAGCCCUCCAAACCCGCGGCCAAGGCUACAAACAAGAAGGCAGUGACCAAGCCUCCUCCUCGCAGCAACCGCGCGCCUGAGAGCAGCGAUGAUGACAGCGGUGACGACAGCGAUGAGGACGACGAUGUCGAUGAUAAAGCGGCUAUGCUAGCCGCCCUCGAGGCCCACGGACGCGCAAUGUUCGGGUUCGGCGUCGCCGCACCGGCUGAGAGCAGCUCGCAGGCUGCGAAGCGUGCUCAGCAGAGCAGCGAUGAGGAGGAGGACAGCGACGAAGAAGGUGGUGCCUGGGAGGACGAGGAAGACGAUGAGGUGGAUGAGUUCGACGACGGAUGGGGUGCCGGCGACGAUUUUGUGACAGACAGCGAGGACGAGUUUGCGACGAGCUCUAAGGCCACUGCUGCUGCCCCACCUGCGCCGGUCACCAAGCGCGUCCCCGAGGUCGUGUUCGCCCCAACCGGGUCCACAUCAUCGACACUGAUAUCCAAGGCCGAGAAACGCGCCUUCCUCAACGGCAGCAGUGCCAAGAUGAUGGGCCUCAAGCCCGAGGACGACGGCUACGUGGGGCGUGGCAAGAAGCGUGCACGUGAAGUGGACGAGGAGGACAUUGAGGACCAGUCCAACCUCCGCCUCGACAAGACGCUGCACGACAUGCUGCUCAAGACGCUCCUUCCCACAGCGGCAUCGGACGAAGCCUCGCGGCCAGUGGAGAAGCGGAACGCCAUGUCGGGGCGACUGCUCGAGCUCGCGUCGUACUCGCUACCAGGGGAGGGCACGUCACAGGCCAAGGCAGGCGGCAUGUCGCAGCACCCGGCGGCGGUGCGCACGGGUCUCAUCCACGCGCAGCAGCGGCGGGCGGAGAAGGCACGCGCCGAGGCCGAGGCCGCCGGCUCGUGGGUCAAGGGUGCCGGCGGGCUCGGCGACCUCGGCAAGCGUGGCGCUGGCCAGCGCGCGUCCGGCGGCAAGGCCGAGAUCCGCACGUGGGGCAAGGAGACGGGCAAGAAGAAGGGCAUGUCGGGCACCAAGAACGAGCGCUCAAAGGGCCUGUCGAUGGGCUUUGGCAAGUACGAGCGCGGCGCGCUGCGUGUCAGCGAGGCGGACAUCGCGCGGGUCAACAACCCGAAGAAGAGCACCGGGAAGAAGAAGGGCAAGGGGAAGAUGAGCGGGUGGUAGCCGAGGGCCGAGCGCAGCGAGGCGCGAGGCCUGUGGCAGGGUCGUGGCAUUGUAGAUGGGAUGGAUACUGCAUCGUUGCACGAGUCGUCAGUCGUUGGCGGAUGUCACCACGAUGCGCGGGCCAUGACAGUGAUA